AGAAACAUAGGUGGUCUGAUUUGUGUACCGUGGCAUUUUUUGCAGUAACAGGACAUCAUUUUGAGAAUUUUGAAUCCUAAUUUGCUUCAUUUUCAUCAGGAAUUUGAUCAAAAUGGACGUUCCACCAGGGUUAAGGCAUCGUAAGUCUCAACAAAGGCAAGGGCACCAGAGGAAACCUCGAGCCAAGCAGCAGCAGGGUAGACAACCCCAACUGUUUGAUGAUACUAGCACCGGUAUGCCCCCACCCCAGGGGGUAGGGGCACAACCACCCCCACCAGGAGGAAUGCAACAGAAUCCAUACGGAGGUCCACCAGGUCCUAUGCAAUUCCCUGGACAGAACCUGAUGAACGAUCCCAUGGCCAAUAUGGCCAUGCAGUAUGGGGCAUCGUUGGCUGACCAAGGAAAGGAUGUAGUUGAAAAACAGAUUGACAGAUUUAUGUCUGUCAGCAAACUCAAGUACUAUUUUGCAGUAGAUACCACCUAUGUCGCAAAGAAGCUCCUUAUUUUACUCUUUCCAUUUUCACAUACGGAUUGGACAAUUCGUUAUAAUCAAGAGGAGCCGGUAGCCCCACGCUAUGAAGUCAAUGCUCCUGAUCUGUAUAUCCCUGCUAUGGCAUUUGUCACAUAUCUUCUGCUUGCUGGGGUAGCACUUGGACAACAACAAAGAUUCAGUCCUGAAAUGCUUGGAAGACAAGGUAGCUCUGCUCUUGUUUGGUUCAUCAUUGAGGUAGUAGCUGUUAUCAUCACCAUGUACAUCACGAACAUUCUUACUGCACUCAGAAAACUGGAUCUAGUGGCAUUUUGUGGAUAUAAAUAUGUUAGCAUGAUUGUAUGUCUCCUUGCCAGUGUCACGUUUGGUUCAUUCUUCUAUUACAUUGCAUUCUUCUACACUAGUGUCUCAAUAGUCUUCUUUUUGGUUCGGAACUUAAAGCUAAUCAUCUUACCUGAAUCCCAUGAAGACGGUAUGGGCCACGGCAGCAAGAGAAGAAUGUACAUCCUGCUCUUCAUUGCUAUCAUGCAACCCAUCUUUAUUUACUGGUUAACCUUCCAUCUUACAGGCCAGAUAGUCGUCAAGGGCAAGUAAAGAAUAAGACUUUUGGGGCAAUGGGCAGGUACAGAAACAAGCUUUAUGGGAAAUGGGCAAGUUAAGAUACAAGUCUUGUUGGCAACAAGCAGGUGAAGAAACAAGCUUUGAGGGCAUUGGGCAAGUUAAGAUAAGUCUUGUUGACAAUGGGCAAGUAAAGAAACAAGCUCCAUGGGAAAUGGGCAAGUAAGCGAAUAAUCUUUGCAGUCAACAUGUCAUUUACUUGAUUUAGAAUUUUCAAAUUGUCUGGACCUACUAUAGCUUAUUGAGUUUGUUCUCAUGUGAAUUAAAGUGAGGUUUGAUAGUAUUGUAUAUUCUGAACUUUUAUAUAAUAAUUAGUAAUGAAAGGGGUACAGAUCAUUUUAACUAUUCAUAUAUUACUGUCAAAAUUCUUAUUUUUUUCAGUUAGAUAUUUAUUCAGUAUUUCUUCACAUACAGUGGCAUCUCAACAUUUUUGCAAACUUAUCACUAGAUUUUACAUGGAAAUAUUUAUGGUAAAUAAAUGUAUUUGUGUACAAAAAGUAACAAUUAUGAAUGCUUUUGUGACAAAGUUUAUGAUUUUUUCUCUGCUUUUGCUGAAGAAAAUGUCAAGUGUGUCAGGAAAGUUGUGCAAAUACCAAGAACCCCUGUUAUUUGUGAAAACUUAUGAACUCAAAAAAUAGAAUUUAUGCUGUUGUUAUACAAGGUUGUUGACCACUCUUCAUUUGUUGAACAAACUACCGAUUGAAUAAAAAAAACUUGACACCUCAAAAAUUCCCAAAUUAAGGAAAAACAUGUAAUGAAUACAUAAUUAUUAUAACUGGCGGGAAUAAUUGUCUUCUUCCAAAUAAUUUGAUACAAUAUUUAUGUGGUAUGUCUCCACGCUUGGAUAAUCAGUAGGUAUUCUUUGCAAUGAUAUAAAUUUUGAUAUGUUCCGAAGUAAGGUAUGACUGCAAUGAUUGAGUCCAGAUGCUAAUGAUGUCAUAAUCCUACAUGAGUUAGUAAACAUAUUUGCAUACCCCUUUUCCAUGAAAUUAACUUGAAAAUUCAUACAAAAAAGAAGUGUUUAUUAUACAAUUAAAAUGUAAAUUAUUUAAAAGGGGUUUUCAAAUGGAUUUUAAUGCAACCCUUGUAGGAUUAUGACACCAUUGACAUCUGGAUUAAUUCAUAGCAGUCAUGCCUUACUUUGG